UCAUCUGUGGACGUGAUUUGCUUUUGCUUUUGUAUGUUGCGGUUUUCAGUUUGUUGAUGAGUUCGGUACAAGGCGCUCGCUAGUUAAAGAAUGUGACUUGUAUAAAAAAAGGAAACGUGCUUCAGUGUUGUUUUCAGUGAUAAAAAUGACCUGAUGUAAUUGUCGUGCUUGAUGGUGUCUAAUAAGUGUUUUGUGUAAAAUGGGUUUGAUAACGUCGAGGGAUCAGACAAUGCUAGACGGGCCGGUCGGGACGACCAAGAGUCACCAUGUACGGCAGCCGUCCACCAGGAAUCGAACCAAGCCUCCGAUGCCGGAUAGAGAUGAAUUGGAGAGUCGAUUCAUCAAAGUUUUGGCCUCAAUGGAUCUCCCGCCCGAUAAAGCGAAGCUGCUGCGCAAUUACGACCUGGAAAAGAAAUGGGAGAUCAUAUGCGACCAGGACAUGGUGCAGGCGAAGGACUCACCGGCUCAUUACCUCAACAAACUUCGAACCUACCUCGACCCUAAAGCCUCCAGGAGUCAUAGGAAAAGAAAAAUGGUGGGCGACUCCACAUCCACACAAGUUCUUAGGGAUUUAGAAAUAUCCUUACGAACCAAUCACAUAGAAUGGGUGAGGGAAUUCCUAAAUGAACAAAACCAAGGGCUCGACGUGCUGAUCGACUACCUGAGCUUCAGGCUGAGCAUGAUGCGGCACGAGCAGAGGAUAGCGCUUGCCAGGAGUCAGUCCACCGACGCUAUCAACCAAGCGAACACAACAACAUCAGACUGUAGUGCUCCGACUGAAAUCAGCGGGACCCUGAGUGCGACCUGGAGGCGACGUGCGCGGUCCGCUGAUUCGGACGGAGAAACAGUCGGCAGCCCCGCCGCGGCCAGGCGGCGGACGAGGCACGCUGCGAGGCUGAACAUGGGGGCUUCCACGGACGAUAUACACGUCUGUAUCAUGUGCAUGCGCGCCAUCAUGAACAAUAAGUACGGUUUCAACAUGGUGAUUCAGCACAGGGAAGCUAUCAACAGCAUAGCUCUUUCCCUAGUCCACCAUUCCUUACGAACAAAGGCGUUAGUGCUGGAAUUACUAGCGGCAAUCUGCCUGGUGAAGGGAGGCCAUCAGAUCAUCCUGUCCGCGUUUGAUAACUUCAAGGAAGUCGUCGGAGAGCCGCGGCGGUUCCACACAUUGAUGGAAUACUUCAUGAAUUAUGAUACGUUCCACAUCGAAUUUAUGGUGGCGUGUAUGCAGUUCGUGAAUGUCAUAGUUCACUCGGUUGAAGAUAUGAACUUCAGGGUGCACCUGCAGUACGAGUUCACGGCGCUCAAGCUAGACGACUACUUGGAGAGGCUGAGGCUCUGUGAAAGCGAGGACUUGCAAGUACAAAUCUCGGCCUACCUCGACAACGUGUUCGACGUGGCGGCGCUCAUGGAGGACAGCGAGACGAAGACGGCGGCGCUGGAGAAGGCCAACGAGCUGGAGGAUGAACUUGGACAUGCUCACGAGCGUCUAACAGCACUGGAGCGCGAAGCCAUCGCGAAGCAGGCGACGCUGGAGGCCGAGCUGGCGCAGGUGCGGCACGAGAGGGACCAGCUCGCUGAGGCCAGGAGGCAGGUCGUGGAGGAGGUUUCGACACUGAGGCGAGCGCAGCAAGAUUCAAGGAACAGACAGUCGAUGCUCGAAUCUAAAGUUCAGGAGUUGGAAUCUCUCACUAAAUCAUUACCGCGGGGUGCUUCGAUGGGUGCUAUUUCUACACACGCUCUAUGUAACGGUACCGUCAACGGUCACGUGUCGCCACCUGGAACUUUAACCAACGGAGACGCACACCAACCCCUACCUAAACCGCCAACUCCCCCUCCAGCACCAGUAUUACCACCUCCACCGCCAGCACCACUACCUCCGCCUCCUCCCCCUCCGCCGGUCAUAGCCCCACCGCCUCCAGCCCCGCCGGCUCCUCCCGCGCCAGGACUGAUGCUGCCCCCCCACCACACAGACGCCAUGACGAUUAAGAGGAAAGUGGACACGAAAUACAAGUUACCGACGUUAAACUGGAUCGCGCUAAAACCAAAUCAGGUGCGCGGCACGAUCUUCAACGAGCUGGACGAGGAGCGGCCGCGGCGGCGCAUCAACUUCGCGGAGUUCGAGGAGAAGUUCCGCAUCGGCGGCGCGGGCGGCGGCGGCGCCGCGCUCGUCAGCGACGACGCGCUCGCGUCCUUCCCCAGCAAGCGCUUCCGCCGCCCCGACACCGUGUCGCUGCUGGAGCACGCGCGCCUGCGCAACAUCGCAAUCUCCCGAAGAAAACUAGAUACUCCAGUGGAAAAAGUAAUAGCGGCGAUUCACACGUUGGAUCUCAAGCAGUUACCUCUCGAGAGCGUCGAGAUCCUCCAGCGGAUGGUUCCGACGGAAGCUGAGCAGAAGGCGUACAAGGAAUACGUAGCGGAAAAGAAAAACAUCAAUCAAUUGACCGAGGAAGACAAAUUCCUCAUGCAGUUGGCCAAAGUCGAAAGAAUAUCAGCAAAACUAUCCAUAAUGAGUUACAUGGGCAACUUCUACGACAAUAUUCACCUAAUCACGCCGCAAAUACACGCUAUAAUAUCCGGUUCGUCCUCGGUCAAGUCGUCGCAGAAGUUACGGAAUGUUCUAGAAAUAAUAUUGGCUUUCGGUAAUUACCUGAAUAGCAGUAAACGUGGUCCAGCGUAUGGAUUCAAACUUCAAUCACUGGAUACUCUUAUGGACACAAAGUCGACGGACAAGAGAGUGUCGCUGUUGCAUUACAUCGUGGCGACGAUACGACAAAAUUUCCCAGAACUGCUGAAUUUCGACACUGAACUCAUGUAUAUCGACAAAGCAGCACAAGUGUCGCUGGAGAACGUGGUGGCGGACGUGUGCGAGCUGGAGCGCGGCAUGGAGGCGGCGCGGCGGGAGGGGGAGGCGCGCGGGGCGGCGCACGUGCUGCGCGACUUCGUGGCCAACGCCGUGGACAAGCUGCGGCGCCUGCGGGCCGAGACCAAGCACGCGCAGGAUUCAUUCGCGGCAUGUGUGGAGUACUUCGGCGAGGCCCCGCGUAGCUGUGACGCGAACGCGUUCUUCUCUCUACUAGUGAGGUUCACUAGAGCGUUUAAGCAAGCCGACAUGGAGAACGAGCAGCGUCGGCGACUGGAGCAAGCCGCGCACGCCGACAGCCUCGACCCCGUCAAGGCCAAGCUCGCGCAGAAGAAACAACAGGAAGCUGUAAUCAACGAAUUAAAAACGAAGUCACAGGCCGUCGGCGAAAAGAAACUUCUUCACCAGGACGAAGUCUACAACGGAGCCCUAGAGGACAUCUUGCAUGGGUUACGAAGCGAGCCCUACAGGCGUGCGGACGCCGUGCGGCGUUCCCACAGGCGCAGGAUUAACUCCCACCGGCUCUCCAAAGGGCUCGAGGAACUAGAUGUAUGAUACGAGCUGGAAUCCAGCGAGCCGCUGGAUUUCUCAGUACAGAACGCAGUCAUGUCCAUAAACGCGAAGUGUGGCUUCUUUACCACGAAAAAGCGCAGGAAGGACUUGGAAAUGGUCCACAAGAAACCAAUAGCCAUCUACAACAUAGAGGAUAAUAUAGAUUUCCCAACUAACGGGGAGUUUUGUGGUAACUCUGGCAACACUGGACGAAAACCUAAAGCGUCCACUUACAAAGUCGCGCCAACUGAUUACGAGGUGGAGGAACGCUGCGAACUCAUCAAAUCUACUUACGAAGUUAUAUCGAAAUACACACGAGCCAUGUUCGACAAACAAAAUGAAACCGUCGUAUAAAUGUGCCUCAAAUUCAAAGUUUUUUUUUGGCUGAAUGAUAAAUUAUUCACUUUCGCAUAAAUGAUAUAUAUUAUACACAAAUGCAUCACCAACUGCAACUUCGCGCAACUUCAAAGAACACUGAGAAACAGUAGUUAAAGCUACGUCUCGCGUUCUUGUUUGUUGUAAAAAUUAGUGAUGUGUUUGAUAGUGAAUGCUGUGAUGAUAUUUCCCCGUAUUGCCGUUUUGAACGUUGAGUGCUAUUUUAAUAAGUGCAAUAUUGACAAAAGACAAACAUUUGAUACACCCACAAUUCAUUCCACCAAUAUCCACAACGAUAUUUUGCUAAAAACUGUUUUAUAGCUUUUCUUAUUCAUUUACAACAAAAGCUUAGCUUGUACGAAUUUACAAUUAACGGACGUGGCACAGAUGCAGCCGUCUAGCUUUUGCACGGAGCAUUGAAUGGAGUACGAUGUUUCGACAUUUAGUUUACGUAGAGGAAAUAGUACCGCUAGUUUGUAAAAAUGGCCUUUUAAUAUAUACGCACAAUUUUUAUCCAAUUUUUGUAUAAUCCAUUGUAAUUUUUACACGUUUAUAAUCGUAUUACCAUAGGCUAUGUCUAACAAUAUUUACAAUAAGGAAUAAUUUUUAACAAACUUAUAAAAUAGUAUUUAUUUCUUACCGAUAAAGUGCAAAUUCGUGUGACUCAUUGCAUUUAUGUUAUUAGCAUUUUGUGUUUACCGUUGUAUUAAAUAUUCCUUUUUAUGGCAACAUUGGAACCUGUUGAAAAAGUUAAAUUGGUUUAAUUCAUUGUGAUAUAAUAAAAUCAGUAUAUUCAUGCCAUUUUUUUGAUUUUCCAUUAGUCCGUAAUCUUUGUUUGGUUAUAAGGUUUAAACAAAUAUUUAUUUGUAUUUUUUUCGGUCAAUUUCUUAAUCAUGCGGUUCCGCUAAAAUCGUUGGCGAUUUCUGUAUUUGCAGCUAUUUGCACACACACAAACACAAAAAUUGCCAAUAAUUUUUUAGAGGAGACGCAGCUUAACAUGACAAAUUCCAUAGAUUUAAGGCUUUUCAAAAGAUCUGUUUCAUUUAAGUUUAUUGUAAUUAUUAAUUUAUAGAUUUGGUUGAGUAAAUUAGUUUAGUCUCCAUAAUUUGUUUGUUUGUAAAUAUUUUGCCGCGUGUUGCAUCAGUUAAGUUGAAGUAUUCAUUGUAAAUAUUGUAUUAUUUUCCGUAUUACUCAAGUUACUUGGGAUUUAAACAAGAUAUGAUUUUUAUUGAAUUUUGCAUGAACCGAUUCGCACAGUGUAUAUGUUAUGAAUAUUAAUAUAUAAAAAUAUAUUAAAGUUUUAAGCACCUUUACAUUAAAAGACUCCACAUUGUUUUUUAUAAAUAUUUAAGAUACAUAUUUUAUUCGAAAUUGUUUGUCAAUGUUUCCUUUAAUUAAGACAAAUUGUAUACAAUGGUGCUUUUUGCACGGUCAUAAUUACAUAAAUUACAGUUUUUGGUUGUUAUGUUACAAAUAAAAUUUUUGUUCAAGUCAGUAUGACAGUUAUCUAAAUUUAAAUUACAGGGUUUAUUUGAAACAAUAAUAUGUAUUCGAAACGGCGAGAAAAUAUAAAAUUAUAAUUGUAAUUGAUAAAGUUAUUUGCAAAUUGCAUAUUUCUACGUAAUCUC